AAAGAGCCCUCCCUCCCUCGAAACACAAACAUCCAAACUCAAAGACAAGCAACCUUUGACAAGUGCCCGUGAAACCACUCACUCAGAUAAAGAUCAUCUCUCAGCCAAAGGACCACUAAGGAUGCAGAGCAAAGCAAGUAAGCAAAUACUUCUGUACUUUUCUCUUACCACCAUCAAAAAUCUGAUUCCCUUUUCCCCAAGCCAACGGCUCUGAUUAACUGGGGGUCCUCUCACUCUGUAGUUUGUACCUCUCUCUCUCUCUGUGUUUUAUAGAGGAAAUAGCUAAAUUACGCUUAUUCCUCCCAUAAGGGAAAAAGAGUGAAAAUAGCAAAUGGGUUUUCGCAAAUUCUCUCUAUCGUCUACGGUUCUGCUAAUAAUUGUUACGGGGCUGUCAUUGAGAGCAGAAUCAAAGACGUAUUGGGAGGACGUAGAGGUUCUGAAGGAGCUGAAGAACGGACUCGACACUGGCUCAGUGAGUCCAGGCUCAUGCGUCAGCUCCUGGGACUUCACGGUCGACCCAUGCGACAGCCUCUUCAGCGAGCGGUUCACGUGCGGGUUCAGGUGUGACUUGGUGGUCUCGGGGACUAGCCGAGUCACCGAGAUCAGUCUCGACCAAGCAGGGUACGCCGGUUCGCUGUCUUCGACUUCUUGGAAUCUCCCUUACUUGGAAACCCUCGACCUCUCCGACAACUUCUUCGCCGGUCCGAUCCCUGAUUCGCUCGCCGCCAACCUCACUCAUCUGCGCCGACUCGGCCUCUCCAGGAACUCUCUCUCUGGCCAGAUACCCACCUCGAUUGGCACACUCUCUGAGCUCGAGGAGCUUUACCUCGAUAACAACAACCUCCAGGGCCGAAUCCCGGCGAGUAUGAACAACCUCGUGAACCUGAAACGGCUCGAACUUCAAUCAAACAGGCUAGCCGGCCAGUUUCCCGAGUUGGGUCGUUCUUUGAAAAACCUUUACUUCUUGGACGCUAGCGACAAUGCCAUCUCCGGCAAUAUCCCACCGUCUUUUCCGUCUUCUCUGGUUCAAAUCUCCAUGAGAAACAACAGCUUGGAAGGAACAAUGAUCCCCGACAGCUUCAGAAACAUGGGUUAUCUGCAAGUGCUCGAUCUGAGUCACAACCGGCUAAGUGGCUCCGUUCCAGCGUCUCUCUUCGACGGCGCUCUCCCGUCUCUUCAGCAACUCGUGCUCUCAUUCAACCGCUUCACGUCGUUAAAAUUCCCAGCCUCUCUGGGCACCCAAAGCGAGCUCAUAGCCGUUGAUCUGAGCAACAACGAUCUCCGAGGCCUCCUACCGUCGUUCAUGGCGUUAAUGCCAAAGCUUUCCGCUUUGUCCUUCGAGAACAACAAGCUCACCGGUAUGGUACCAACAAUGUACGCCUUAAAAGCGGUUGUACCCGGACCCGGAAUCUCACCGUUGGUGAGACUCCUGCUCGGCGGCAACUACUUGUUCGGACCCAUUCCGGAUUCUCUAAUGGGUCUCAAACCGGGUUCUGUAAACGUGAGGCUGGUCGAUAACUGCUUCUUCCGGUGUCCGGACAUUUUCUUUUUCUGUCAGGGUGGUGACCAAAAAUCGCUCACCGAGUGCAAAAGCUUCGCUCCUGUAAUUCCUUGAACCAUUUGAUGUGACAAGUUACAACUAUAAUUAUAAAAAAUUUCUGUUUAAUAUUUUU